GCGCCGCGCACUCCGCCCGCCUGGGUCGCUUCCCGCAUCCGCGCCUCGCCUUCCUUCCGCAAGCGCCGUUCGCCCUGACGCCGAGCCGGCCGAGGCCAGACCCGGGCGCAGCAAGCAGUCGCCCCGUUUGAUAAUCGGGAAAUGUCGGAAGAGGUCAUUGUGCCGGUGUAUUGCACCGGGGUCUCGGCACAGGUCCAGAAGCAGCGGGCAAAAGACCUGGGCUUGGGAAAACAUGAGAAUGCGGUGAAGUACUUGGGCCAGGACUUCGAGAGACUUCGAAAUCAAUGCUUGCAGAACGGAAGCCUAUUCAGGGACGAAAGUUUCCCUCCCACGGCCUCCUCCCUUGGCUUCAAAGAACUGGGGCCGAAUUCCUCCAAAACCUACGGAGUGCAGUGGAAACGGCCUACGGAUAUGUGCCGCAACCCAUGCUUCAUCAUAGACGGGGCCACACGGACAGACGUCUGCCAAGGAGCUCUGGGGGAUUGCUGGCUCCUGGCCGCCAUCGCCUCCCUCACGCUGAAUGAUCCCCUCCUGCACCGGGUGGUCCCCCACGGCCAGAGCUUCCAGAACGGGUACGCCGGGAUCUUCCACUUCCAGAUCUGGCAGUUCGGCGAGUGGGUGGACGUGGUGGUGGACGACUUACUCCCGACCAAAGAUGGCAAGCUGGUGUUCGUGCAUUCUGCGGAAGGCAACGAGUUCUGGAGCGCCUUGCUUGAGAAGGCCUAUGCCAAGGUGAACGGCUGCUACGAGGCUCUCUCUGGUGGAAGUACAUCGGAAGGGUUUGAAGACUUUACCGGAGGGGUCACGGAGUGGUACGACCUUCGGAAAGCCCCCAACGACCUCUUCCAGAUCAUCCUGAAGGCCCUGGAAAGAGGCUCCCUCAUGGGGUGUUCCAUUGAUAUCACGAGUGCUUUCGACAUGGAGGCGGUCACGUUUAAGAAGCUGGUGAAGGGCCAUGCCUAUUCAGUCACUGGAGCUGAGCAGAUCAACUACCGUGGGCAGAGAGUUCAGCUGGUACGGAUCCGAAAUCCCUGGGGAGAGGUGGAAUGGACCGGCCCUUGGAGUGACAACUCCAGGGAGUGGCACGCGGUGGAACCGUCCGUGGGGCAGCAGCUGAGGGUGAAAAUGGAAGACGGAGAAUUUUGGAUGUCCUUCCGAGAUUUCCUCCGGGAGUUCAGCCGGCUCGAGAUCUGCAACCUCACGCCCGACGCGCUGAAGUCGCGCAAGUUCCGGAAGUGGAACUCCAUGCUGUACGAUGGGACCUGGAGGCGAGGCAGCACGGCCGGCGGCUGCAGGAAUUAUCCAGCGACCUUCUGGAUUAACCCCCAGUUCAAAAUCCGCCUGGAGGAAGUGGACCAUGACGAUGAGGACGGUGGAAGGGAAGCGGGCUGCAGCUUCCUUCUGGCCCUGAUGCAGAAGCACCGGCGCCGGGAGAGGCGGUUCGGCAAGGACAUGGAGACCAUCGGCUUUGCCGUCUACGAGGUGCCGCCUGAGUAUGUGGGGCAGCCCUCGGUCCACCUGAAGCGCGACUUCUUCCUGUCCAACUCCUCGCGCGCCCGGUCGGAGCAGUUCAUCAACCUGCGCGAGGUCAGUACCCGCUUCAAGCUGCCCCCCGGGGAGUACAUCGUCGUGCCGUCCACCUUCGAGCCGAACAAGGAGGGGGACUUCGUGCUCCGGGUCUUCGCGGAGAACAAAGCUGGGACCAUAGAGAUGGAUGAUCAAAUCCAAGCAAAUCUACCCGAUGAGAAAGUGCUUUCCGAAGGAGAGAUCGACGAGAACUUCAAACAGCUCUUUAGGCAGCUGGCUGGAGCGGAUAUGGAAAUCAGCGUCCGUGAACUGCAGACCAUCCUCAACAGGAUUGUUGGGAAACAUAAAGACCUUCGUACAAAAGGGUUCAGCCUGGAAUCCUGCCGGAGCAUGGUGAACCUCAUGGACAGAGAUGGAAAUGGGAAGCUGGGAUUGGUGGAAUUCAACAUCCUUUGGAACAGGAUUAGAAAUUAUCUGGCUAUCUUUAGGAAGUUUGACUUAGACAAGUCAGGAACCAUGAGUGCCUACGAGAUGCGGAUGGCCCUGGAGGCUGCAGGGUUCAAGCUGAACAAGAAACUGUACGAGCUGAUCAUCACGCGCUACGCUGAACCCGACCUGGCCAUCGAUUUCGACAAUUUUGUCUGCUGCUUGGUGCGCCUGGAGACCAUGUUCCGGUUCUUCCAGGCACUGGACACAGACAAAGACGGAAUCAUCAUCUUCGACUUGGUGAAGUGGAUACAGCUCACCAUGUUUGCCUGAAGCGAAUACGGAGCCGAGCCCCGCGCGGCCACUGGGACUUCCUCUUCCCAAAUCACCUGCAAGUGCCUUGCAUCUGCGCAGCUUCCACUCCAGACCGGGGAACGCACUCGCGCGUGCGUGCCCCUGUGUGCUCGCACGCCACCCCACGCCAGCUCCCGCCCGGGCCUCGCGUGCCGGGCGGUCUCUCUGCACUCCCGCCGUCGUGCCUGGUCACCUGGAAGCCUUUUUUCAGAUGCCCGCAGCCACGUCUUGCUUUCGAUAAGACUCUGUAGCCGGCUCUGCCAAAAGACGACCCCCACGGCACGUGCUGAAGGCACGCGGCAGGCCUUGCCACUCCGAUGGUGGGCUCCUCUCAGAAGCGGAGUGGAUCCGGGUGCCGGCAGGACAGACCGUUCUGUGGUACAGUCCUGGGCAGGCGGAGCCUGCUGGGAAGACUCGGGACUCUGCCAGACAAUCUUUCCUGGGCUUCGUGCUUCGCUUUCCUUUCGCCGUUUUGCUCGCAUCGCCAUGGAGGGGCCUCUGGCCCCACUUUUCGUGGACUGAAGCUGGGGUGGGCAGCUUGGGAAACCCGUCAGCACCCCCACUAAGGAAAAAGGGGGGGUUAACCAAAAAGUGGCUUCAAAACUGUCUCAGUCUCUGUAGCGCUAUAGCACUAAUGCAGCCACUUUGGGGGUGAAAAGAGUUUUGGGGGAUACCCCACGGCCCGUGGGAGGGGCUGGCCUGACAUGGCUAGCCCCCCUCUGAAGGUGCGUGCGGGGAGAGAGAAGAGCAUUGCCAAAGAAGCGCCGAGUUGCCACAUGAAUGUGCAAUGAAUUGGGGCGCACUUCCAGACGUGUGUUUGCCAAGAGGGGUGUUUCAUUCCCAACCGUAUUGCUCUAAACGCCCCAACUAUGAAAGCAGCCGUCUGGCCACAUGGUGGGGCAGGGUGGGAAAGCACCACAGCGCACUUUCACUGCCUCUCGGGCUUGCGGGGACAACGCCGAGGUGUUGCUUUUGGCUGGCAAAAUCCCUCCUGCUCAGGACUAAACAUUUAUAUCAGUGCCAAGAGUUACUCCUUCUGCUGUACGCAUUUCGGUCUCUGUUUAUAUUUGGAUUUCGGCAAACACGCCACAGAGUGCCAGUUAUUCAAGGCCUGGCACUUAGAGCAGGGUAUGUAUUUCAGCAGCUCUGCUCAACUCUGCUUGUAUCUCAGCACCCUGCUUUUCCCCCUCCCAUUUUUGAGAGAACGGGGCUUAGCUUUGUGGCCUUAGCACGUAUGUUUUGCAUGCAUGUGAGCUCAGGAGCAGUCCUUCACCUCCCCAGGUAGCUGUGAGAAAGCCCCCAUCUGAAUCUCUAGAGAUCUGAUUAUGAGUUGGACACUUAUUAUUCUAGAACCACGAGGACUAGAAUCUUGCUCUCUUUGUAGAGAGGUGGUCCAGCACCUGCUUCACAUGCAAAAUCCCAGGCUGAAUUUCUGGCAUCUUCAUGGAGUGCCAAAGAAUCCUAAUUGCUCCUCAACUCAGAACCACAAGGAUCUUUUCCCGCCUUCCAGCCGUAUCAGCUUAAAGGAGCACUGAGGUUUUCUGCACGCACACAGGCGCACGCACCCACACAGAAAGCACUUGGUCCCCUUUCCCCACCCAGGUGCCUACAAUCUCAGCCUCUUCAGCUUUUGGCUUUUCGGCCUCAUAUCCGUGUAAUCUCCAGAGCCUGAGGGGACUUUUUGCUUUUUCUCCCCUGUCAUAAUUCUGCUUGGCCUUGUCAGCAUUUGGCAUGUACCAUUGGGUGCUGAUGCAGUCAAAGACACACAACUCUUGGUAUUUGCUCCUUUAUGGCACUGAACGAGAAAUUCCUGGGGCCAGCACCUUCCUGUCCCUGGCCGCCUCAUUUUGAUGGCCACUGAAAAUCGACCUGGAACAAUCAGCAAUCUUGUUUACCUCCCCCAAAGGUGCCAAUGCCAUCAAAAAUCCAAGCCGUUUCCUCUGUUUGUGCAGGCUUCUGGAAUGCUUCCGUGAGCAUCUCCGGGUCUGUUUUGGUUCCAUGCUUAGCAUUUCCGGCUCUGGCCUUUCUCCAAGGGCUGAGCCAGAGACCGGCUCUCUUGCAAAAAGGCCGGCUUGGAAACACGGUGCUCGAAAGACCGCAGCAGUUGGGUGCUUGCUUCCAGAGUGCUUUUGCUGCUUCAGCCUCUCAGUGGCCACUUCGGGAGGUGAGGGGGGACUUGCUUCCGCGUUUUCGCCAGGAGGUUCCGUAUAUCAGGGAUUAUUUUAUUCUCUUGUGAUGUACCUGGGUAGUACUGUUUGAUCUUUAUUUCUGUUACGCGUCGGUUUUGUAUGGUAGGAACAGACUUGUUUUAUCGCCGAAAAUAAAGCAUGAGUCUUGGGGUGACAGGCCUGUCGUCGCCAUGGCUUGUGGUCACUGGA